AUUCAAAAGUUGACAGCCUUAACAAGCUUCGUUGUGGUUGUAUGUAAACAUUGUUUAAAAGUUAGCAAAAUGCGACGGCGGUCGCUCUCGAAUCCUGGCCUCAGAACGGAGAAUAGAAGGACAACUCAACUUCUGAAACCUAGAGGCUCGACUUGUACAGAAGGUUCGCAUAUUCCUCGACCUCGCAUAAGAAGCUUAUCUACUGAUAGACUCAGUGGAAGAAAAUCAACUUUGAAACCCCCAGGAAAGCUCUCCAUUGGUCCAUAUGUUCCCACCACGCCAAAAACACCAUCUUAUCCGCGUCCCAACUUGGCGCAAAUGUCAGCCAACAGGACUGGCCCAUCGCCAUCAGCCGAGCGUGCUAGUAUCCUUGUUGCAAAAGCACCUCGCAAAGACACUCGGCCUAUAUCGGAGAAAUAUUUCCAAUCACAAAUGCUGAAGAAAAUAGACGAUUAUUUUAUUACUAUACAACAAAGCACAAUGCUAAACUCCAAUGGUAGCUUGAAACCAAUAACAAUUAAACUGUUUGUGGAAGUAUCAGGAUUGCUCGUCGGGCUUCUGGGCAUGAAGCAAACUCUAACAAAUUUAAAUUACGUCGAAGAACUACCAAAAAUUGCUAAAAAGCUUCAGUAUCCUGGUCCAAUGGCAAAAUCAUGGAUGAAAACUGCAAAUGCAAUGCAUGCGUGGCCUAACGUUCUGGCAUGGCUGAGCUGGCUUGUUGAAAUGUGUGAAUUGAGAGACAUUGCCGCGGAACAAUUCAGGAUUGAAAAUCUGCCCUUUACAAACAUUGAUGGUGAAGCCGAGAGACAUAGGAACAUGUUCUUCUCCAUGUUGAAGUUUUACAAUGCUUGGAAUGAAGAAAGGGAAGUCGAAGAGAUCCUUGUCUCUGAGUUUUUGAAAGCUGAAGAAGCUCGCUUGGAUGUGAAUGCUGAGUCUUAUGAAAAUGCUCGUGUAGAGUGUGAAGCCGCAAUGCAAGAACUGGAAAAGGAGGAUGAAUUACGAACGAACGUGGAUUUGGAAACCAAACAAUUUCAAGAUCUGUUAGAGGCUCUCAAGGAGGACGAACAGAAAAUACUGGACUACAACUGCCAGCAAGAUGAGCACAUAAAAAAUCUCACCGAAGAGUGCCAACAGAUAAGGAAAGACUGCCGCAUCCUGGAUGAUGAGAUAGAAAAACAGCAUAUGAAACAAAACGAGUUAAGGAUUAUAAUAAAAAAGCAACCCAUUUCACCGAAAGAACGUGACGAGAUACUCGCCAAAUGCGACGAUGUCAGGAAUUAUUUAAACCAGUUUGAAGAACAUUUACAAGCAAUCCAAAAAGAUGUCUAUUCACAGGACAUGAAACUGGCAUCUGUAAACCACAAUUUGAACAAAAUAAUUCUCGAAUACAAUAGAGACAUUCACAAUUACUUGGAUGCUAUUUCGGACAUUAAUGUGACAGACAUCCAAAUUCCAGAAAAUGUUGUCUCUGAUCCUCAUUCGAUGGUGAUGUUACAGGAAAUAUCGAAAUUGUUGACUUCGUUGAAAAAUAAGAUGAAAAAAGAACUCGAAGAGCUGGAGGCUUUGAUCGAGCCUAAUGCCAAAAGGUUGGAGAAUCUCCAGGAAAAAGCAAAGAUGCUUGCUGAAGACAACUUAGAGCUCGAAAACAAAUCUAAGGAAAAGAAAUUCAAAGUCAAUGAAAUCAAGGCACAAGCAAAAACUUAUGAGGCAGAAUUACGAGAAAAUAUAAAGAGCUUGGAGCAGAGUAUCAAAAGUAUUCGAGAUUUACGUCCGGACCUGAAAUCAAAACAAAACGAGUUGAACGAGAAGGUGGAUAAACGAGAUUCUCUGGAGAGGAGGAAGAUCUUCUUAGAAAAGAGAGCACAUAAUUUUUUCGACAAAAUGUAUGCUAUUCUUUCCUUACACAGAAAAGAAUGUUUAGACCUCUUCGAGAAAGUGAAAAAGGUUUGGUAAAGAAUACUUUUUCCCUAAAUAUAUUAAUAAUAGAUUAAUAAAUAUUUUGCUGUGAAUAUUAAAUUCUUGUAUUUUUCCGAGCUACUAACCAUUUCUGAAAUUCGGUGUAUACCUCCCAUGAAUUUUUAUGAAUUUCCCUGGAAAUAUUUGAAAUUUAUUAAAAUUCUUUAAAAUUCUAAACAAUGUGGUGAAACUUUUUGUAAUUCCUUGAAAUAUUUUAAAUGCAACAAAAUUAUAAUCCUAAGGAAUUUUUUGAAAAUACCUUGCACUUUUUCAAAACCCCUUUAGAUCAUUGAAAUCAUUUAAAAUAUCAAAAAAUAUUAUAAAAUCCUUGGCAAUCUGUGAAAUCCGUGAUACCUUGAAAUUUCUUGUAAUCUUUCAUAUACCGUAACUGUUUCUUGAAAUCCUGUAAUUCUAAGUAUUAAAAGAAUCCUCGAGUA